AUGGAUGGACUGGACCUAUUGAUUCACAGGGCAGAAAACAAUUUGAUGGGAACUUCUGUUGACAGUAGCACGCUCUACUUGUGCAAGAUAUUCAUACUAUCGGAACUGACGAUUGAAAACAGUAAAUCUUCAGCGCAAUGCAAUGACGAUGUCAUUCGUUCCUCUAUGGAUGCUGUAUUUCUUAUCAAAGAGGACAUUGAAGAGGAUGAUCUAAAUGCUAUUCAAAUUGUCUUGUGGAGAACAGGUGAUUUCUUUUACAAUAGACGCAAUUACAAAGAUGCCCUACCAUGGUAUCGCCAUGCUUAUACUGCAACACAAUCCACAUUUCACGGGACGGAUAAUGCAAUUAUAUUAGCAAAAAAACUCUCAUUUUGCCAUGUUGAAAGCAAUGAUCCUUAUUCUGCUUAUCAGUGUAUGAAAAGGUGUCACCAAGACCCAUCGAACUGGACUACUGAAGACUUUAUUUUGCUACUCAAGUAUGGAUUGAUGCAGACAACACUGCCUCAAGAUGAGUUGUUGAGUGGCAUUAUGGAAGACGUUAUUGAGUCAUCUUCGUUUCAGCCUCGAUAUUUUGUCGACAUCUUGGAGUACUGUUAUCAAUACGGCAAAAAGAGCUCCAUCUUGGGAGUCGUCAUGGGGUAUAUUACAAAUUAUUACACGGCAAACAAUGUCAACGAAGAUGGAGAUACAGACGCUUUGUAUAAUGCUCAGUGUUUGCAGGUCAAUGUGUUUGUGUGGGUUUUAAGAAAACUCGACUUUAAAUCCAUUGCUGAUUACAUGCUUUCUGUCAUUACUCUGCUGGGAAACAUUGACAUGAACAAGUUCAUACCUGGAAUAAACGACAACAAGGUCAAUUGCAAACUUAUGACUGAUCUCGAAUGGAUGCUGCAGACGUCAUGGAAUCUCGGUCUAUUCUGCUUUAGUGCAGGCAAAAACACCGAAGGAAUGCGCUUGUUUGAUGUGAUUAGUGAGCUAUUUUCGUAUUUCGACAACAUCUCCUACUUUACCAAAGAGCAAGAUCGAGUACGCACAUUUCUCUUUACAGCAUCUUACAUUCUCAUGUACAACAAUGCUUUGGAGAAAGGAGAGGGCUGGUGUCAUGCUAUGAAUGCCAAUAGUCAAACAGUGGUUGACAUGCUUCAGACUGUCAAGAAGGACAGCAACAAUGACGCGAUUAGCAUGCUUGCUAGUGUAUUUGAGCUGGAAAUAUACACACAUCAGGGCGACUUUGACAUGGCCUAUACAUUAUUUGAGACCAUAGAAAGUUUACCCGAGUGCUCCUAUGCUUUACUAGAGCGCAUGGCAGGCAUUGUACUACUCCAUCCUGAAUGUCCUAUGGAUUGUGCUUUUCUCGUCCUAAAGAAACUACACGCAUCAGCUAGGCUUAUUCAGGCAAAUAUUAAUGAUUAUGCAAAAUGGACACGCAUCUUGGUAUCUGUAGCAUUGAAGAGAAAAGUAUCUAUCGAUUUGUAUCAGUGCAUGUCCCAGAUCAUCAACCAAAAAGUGUAUCAGCGUGCAACUUAUCCCCAAAAUGAGCUGUAUUACCUGAUUGUUGUUGCUUGGAAUGAAGGAAUCACAUGUUACUUAAAAUCAGAGCCACAAGGUCAAUAUUGGUGCACUAUCGCAUUUGAAUUGCUGCGUCACUAUACGGAUGGACAUAAAAAGGAUACUCUCGAACAGCAGGUAUAA